AACAACAGUUUAAAUUUGGUUGUCGUUCCGAUCGGUCGGUUCAGUCUUCGCUGGUUCAUUAAUCCGUUGACAUGUGGUUCUUCUACGGAAUUAUCCUGUAUUGAGCACCACCGGACAACGAGGUGCUGAUUCGUGCCAUUGUGCUACCAAUUGAAGGGAAACACUUAGAACGAGCUUUGUGAGACGGUUAUUCUGUUUUUUUUUCGAGAAAAGGGAAUUGUGAUCUUUUGAUGUGGUUUCGUGUUAACACAAUCAUAAUAAGUUUUCCAAAAUAAGUGAUUCACACUGUGAAUGUGAAUUUGGGUCAAACGGGGCCACAGUUAUUGUGAUCGAGAAAAGUAUUAUUUUGUGAACAAAAUCAUCGAAAGAUAUUAUCAGAAGACAAAAUAUUCUACAGACCCAGUGGUCACAGCCAAGGCGACUUUUGGACCACGACGAAGGUGGUAGCAGCCACUCAAUCUACAUACAAAAUGAUAAUACACAUCGACAAACGGAAGUUGCUACUUAUUUCAGGGUGUGCAGCCAUUGUAGUAGUAGCAACAACGCUGGGAUUGUACUUUGGUCUUAAAGACAGAAAGAACGAGGUCAGCGAUGAAGCGCCCAUACUCACUGGAGCCGCCGUAACUUCAAACGGAGUAGAAUGCGCUGAAAUCGGAACCAAUAUCCUGAGACUCAAUGGGUCCGCUGUUGAUGCAGCCAUUGCAGUAUUGUUCUGCGAAGGGGUAACCUGUCCACAAAGCGCUGGUAUCGGAGGAGGUUUCUUUGCUACGAUUUAUGAUCGAAGCACUGGAACAGUCCAAACGUUAGAUGCACGAGAAACGGCACCAGCUGCCGCUACAAAGAAUAUGUUCGUUAACAACGGUAACGCUGCUGUUGAGGGAGGCCUAGCUGUGGCAGUCCCUGGCGAAAUUAAAGGUUACUGGGUCAUGCACCAAAAGUACGGCAAGCUAGACUGGAAAACGUUGAUUCAACCAACGAUCAACCUCUGCAGAGAGGGACAUUUGGUGUCCGGGUAUCUGGAUCGCAUAAUCAAACCACGCCAAGCCAAAAUCUUAAGCAUUCCCUCCCUCAGGGAAAUACUGAUCAACCCGGAGACUAACCAAACGUGGCGUGAGGGCGAUCGAAUCAAAAGACUUGCUCUAGCUGAUAGUUUAGAAAUAAUUGCAAACGAAGGAGCGGACGCUCUGUAUAGUCGUAAUGGUACUCUGCUACCGAAACUGAUGCGUGAUCUCAAACUAUUUGGCAGUAUUCUGACAGAAGAAGACUUUUACAAUUAUGAACCGCGAUGGCUACCGGCAGCCACAACCAAACUGAAAAACGGCAACCAGAUCUACUCGAUGCCACUACCGGGUAGUGGACACGUGUUGAACUACAUGCUCAAUAUCAUAGACGGUUAUGAUCAGUUGGAUAAGAACGACCCCCUCACGUGGCACAGAAUUGUGGAGGCCUUCAAGCACGGAUACGGACUGCGUACCAAGCUUGGCGAUCCACCAUUCGUGCCAGGUGUGGAAGAGUUGCUGAGAAAACUGACCAACGAAAACUAUGCUGCCUUCAUCCGCGAUGGCAUCUUCGAUAAUAUGACAUUCUCGAAUUACGAACAUUACGGGGCUGAAUUUGCCAACGAAGUCGACAGCGGCACGGCGCACAUUUCCGUGCUGGCGCCCAACGGGGACGCCGUAGCUGCAACCAGUACGAUCAAUUAUGUAAAUCCAUACCGAAGGAAGAUUACACUCAUCGCGUUUGUAUUAACUAUCAUUAUAAUCUCGCUGGCUGGAGGGCUGUACUAUGGACUUAAAAGACGUGAUUCACAGCAAAUUGCCACCGAUCGGCACGGAGGAGCAGUGGUCGCCAAUGGGCACGAAUGUGCAGCAAUUGGAGCGCAAAUCCUUCGCAUGAAUGGAACUGCAGCCGACGCUGCAAUAGCAACUCUGUUCUGCGAAGGGGUGACGUGUCCUCAGAGCAUGGGCAUCGGCGGAGGAUUUCUACUGACGAUCUACGAUAGGGCAAACGACCGCGUAGAGACAUUGAAUGCUAGAGAAACCGCACCGGCUGCUGCCACGGAGGAUAUGAUGGUGAAAGCGGAUAAUUCUACCAAAGAUAAACGAGGACUUUUGAUAGCCGUACCCGGCGAAUUGAAAGGAUAUUGGGUGCUACAUCAGAAGUAUGGUAAACUAGAAUGGAAAAAUUUGGUUCAACCUACCAUCGAUUUGUGUAGGAAAGGUCACAUGGUCACCGGAUAUUUAGAAAGAAUCCUGUCCAGAACCAAAGCCAAAAUUCACGCAGAACCAUCACUUCGUGAGGUAUUCAUCAAUCCAAAUACAAAUGACACGUGGAGGGAAGGAGACUAUAUCAAACGAUUGGCACUGGCCGAUAGCUUGGAGAUCAUUGCAAACGAAGGGGUACACUCUUUGUACAGCAGAAAUGGAACUCUGCUACCGAAACUAAUGCAAGAUUUGAAAUCAUUCGACAGCAUUCUCACAGAGGACGAUUUUUACAAUUAUGAACCCAAGUGGGAAGCUCCUUCAACGAUAACGGUUCGUGGUAAAAGUGAAGUACAUUCGUUUCCGUUGCCUGGAAGUGGAACGCUACAAAACUUCAUGCUAAAAGUUCUAGACGGAUACAACGAUCUGAACGUAACGGAUCCCUUGACCUGGCACCGAGUUGUGGAAAGUUUCAAAUUCGGCUAUGGUCUUAGAACGAAGGUUGGGGACCCGACCUACCUCACAUCGGCCCAUGGCUUGUUGACUAAUUUAUCCAGCCCAAGUUAUGCGGAGUAUGUACGCAGUCAAAUUCAUGACAAUGAAACUUUUGACAAAUACAAUCAUUACGGAGCGGAAUUCGCCAAUCCAGAGGAUCAUGGCACAGCGCAUAUUUGUGUACUGGCAGCUAAUGGAGAUGCGGUGUCCGCAACAAGCACUAUCAAUUAUUUAUUGGGUGCCAAAAUUCGUUCCCGAUCAACGGGAAUAAUCCUCAACGACGAAAUGGAUGAUUUUUCGUCACCUGGAACGGUCAAUACAUACGGUUUGCCUCCAUCACCGGCAAAUUUCAUCGUUCCUGGGAAGCGACCUCUUUCAUCAAUGACACCCACAAUUGUAACGAAUAAGGCCGAAGGAGUUCAAAUGGUGGUUGGUGGAGCAGGUGGUUCACGCAUUACAACGGCCACCGUUACACUUCUUCUCCGGUAUCUGUUCUUUGGAGAGGAACUCGAAACGGUAAUGAAUGCUAGGCGUCUCCAUCAUCAGUUGGCUCCAAUGUGGGUGGACUACGAAGCGGGUUUUGACGAAGCCAUUCUGGAGGGAUUGCGUAAACGAGGGCACGAUGUGCGAGAAAAGACGCCAGAUGCUGGUUUUGCUGCAGCGACAGCAAUCGCUAAAAAUGCACACCACGAGGUGUCCGCAGCCUAUGAUUCAAGGCGAGGGGGAAGUGUAGAACUAGUUGCGUAGUCCUACGCAGACUGGGUUUUAUACGAAUAAAAUGCAGUUUAAAACACUUUUUUAUUACAAAUA